UCAGGUACAACUACAGACUCAAAAUGUAGAACGUGGGAUAUUUUUAUUUAAAUAAUGAAAUUUCAUUUUCUGUUGAAAAGCUUCUGAGGCUGAAUCCUCUUUGCUGCUCCUCUGCCUCUGCGUUGGUGACCCUCAGCAGCAGUGGUGCUGGUGGCCUUUUUGGUGGAGAAACAAGGAGCAGCAGAGCUGGGGGCAGGGAAAAGGGAAGUCCUGACACAGUCACUGGGGCAUGAUUGGGAUGGGUGACAGCAGUGACUUUUUUGUUUUUGGAGUGCCACCUUUUUUUAAAUUCUGCUAAAGCACCUGUCUGUAAUUCAUCUUGUUACCGGUGUUUGGAAUCUGCUUUUAAACGCUCUUUUUGUGGUUUCUGUGUUAAAGCACCGCUGUGGAUGUGAACAGUGGGAGCUCUCACCUCAAGCUUCCGUGGUUCUGGGGGCUUGAACUCACAGUGCAAGAGCAAAAAGUUACUUUUUGAACACAAAACCAUCCUGUCCUUGGCACCCUGCUGCCUUUCAUAUCCUGGACAUCCUCCUGAGGCCACAAGUUGCAAGGGCUGCUCGGGGCAGAGCUGUCAGAUGGACUCGGCUGAGGGGAGUUCCCCGCCCGGGCACGGCUGAAGGGUCCCCAGCCCUGCUGGCUCUGCACUGCUCCGGGUGCACAAUGACAACGAUGGACGCCAGCCCCAGGAGCAGCACAGCUGCAAAGCACAGCCUGGCCAAGGCUCUCUACGACAACAAGGCGGAGUGCUCGGACGAGCUGGCGUUCCGCAGAGGGGACAUCGUGACGGUGCUGGAGCAGCACGUGGCGGGCAGCGAGGGCUGGUGGCGGUGCUCCCUGCACGGCCACCACGGGCUGGCCCCCGCCAACCGCCUGCAGCUCCUGCCGCCCUCCACAGCCCACGGCCCCGCCGAGCCGCCAGCCACGCUCAGCAUCUACCAGGUGCCCUCCGUGCCCAAGGCCACGGUGGCUUCGGCCACCUACGAGAAGAUGGAGGGCUGGGUGCAGCCCCAGGCCGUGUACCAGGUGCCGGCCCUGGCGGCGCAGCUGCUCAGCGAGAGGACCAAGCGCUCCACGCAGCAGCACCUGUUUACCCUCCCCAGAGCCUGCAGGGCCUCAGCCCCAAACAUCAGGGGUGAGGUGUACGAUGUCCCCUCCUCGCAGCACCGCUCCCUGCUCCCACAGAGUGGUGCCACUCCCCCCAGCACACGGAAGGGCUCCAUGCUGGGCAGAUCCCCUGAGAGCUUCCAGGCAGAGCAGAAGCAGCUGUACAACAUCCCAUCCAAGCCAGAAAAAGGAGGAGCUGGCAGCCAGGACUCACCAGCAGGCAAUUUAUAUGAUGUCCCUCCCAAAAGAGAGCUCGAUGACUCAGAAAAUAAAUCUCAGAAGAAGUGCUGGGGCCAUUACAACACCUUGCCAAACCCUCGGAAAUCCGAAUGGAUUUACGAUAUUCCAGUAUCCCCCGAAAAUUCCAUGUUCAAAGCCAACCCUCCUGGGCAGCCUGUGGAGAAGCAGGUGCUGUAUGACAUUCCCCCAGCCAGGUACAAGGCUGCAGCCACAGCCACUGAAGGCAGGGCUGGGAAUCCACAGCUGUACGACUUUCCACCGGCCCAGCGGAAAUUAACGCUUCCAGCAAUCCCCCUGUACGACGUUCCACCCUCACGGGACGUGCUCCUCCUGCCACAGAACAGCAGCUCUGAGCUGCCCCCGAGGCUCCUGGCUGCCAAGGCUGAGAAUCAGAUCUCUGAGGAGAACGUUUAUGAUAUUCCCAAAGGUUUGCCCAGUGCUGGACACUCCAAAGAGAUGGAAAACAGUGAUGGCUCCAGAGACCAAGCACACGGUGCUUCUCCACAGCUCUCCUUGGAUGCCAAGUCAGAAAAUGACAGUUUGUGUGUCUCUAGUGUGGACAGCAGAAGCAGCACUCUCUCCUCAUCCUCCAGCUCUGCUGCUGAGUCAUUUUCUACACUGUCGCCAUCCCCAGAGCCUGUCCAAGAAAUCAAACUGGAGCUGGAAGCAGCCAUCGAGACCCUGACUCGGCUGCAGCACGGCGUGUCCAGCUCCAUCGCCAGUUUAAUGAUCUUUGUGAGCAGCAAGUGGAGAUUGCAGGAGCACCUGGAGAAAAGCCUGGAGGAGAUCCACAGAGCAGUGGAUCACAUAAAGGUGUCACUGGGCGAGUUCCUGGCCUUUGCUCAAGCCCUGAAGGGAAACGCCUCCAACCUCACGGAUAACAACCUGCAGGCCAGAAUUAAAAAGCAGCUGGAAAUCCUCAUGAAUUCCUACAAAAUAUUGACAGAAACGAGGGAAGCUCUCAACAGCUGUAGCUGGUCCCUGGAGGCUUUGGUGCUCAGGAAGCCCCAGAACAACCCUGAUGACCUGGAUCGCUUCGUUAUGGUGGCCAGGACAAUUCCAGACGAUAUCAAGAGGUUUGUGUCCAUCAUCAUCGCCAACGGGAAGCUGCUCUUCAGGAAGAACGAGAAGGAGCAAGAAAAGAAGCAACCAGAAGUGAACCUGGAAUGCAAAAUGGCAAAACAAAUCCCAGUGCCAAGAAGAGUAGAAAUUGAGUCACUCCAGAGAAAUGCUCCUCAGAAAUCCAGCCAAAGCCAGGUCCCUGUGGAGAAACCAGAAGAAAAUUGCAGCGAGGAUUGUGAUUAUGUCCAGUUACAGGCACAGAAAGUCAUUUCAGGUAAAGAAGUAGCAAAGAAGAGUACAGAGUCAAACCCAAAGGUUUUGCCAUGUGCAAAAAAGACUGAAAACGCCAGCAGGAAAAUCCCCCUCCCCGAGCACUGCAGGCUGUGCUUCGCUGCCCUGCACAAGGCCAUCGGCGUGUUCACCGCCAGCCUCAGCAGCCAGCAGCCCCCCGAAAUCUUCAUCUCCCACAGCAAACUCAUCAUCAUGGUGGGCCAGAGGCUGGUGGAUUCCCUGUGCCAGGAGACCCAGGAGAGGGAGGCCCGGAGCGACGUCCUGCACGGCAGCAGCCGCUUCUGCAGCCUCCUGAAGAAGCUGGCCCUGGCCACCAAGAGCGCGGCCCUCACGUACCCCAACGCCGAGGCCAGCCGGGAGCUGCAGGAGCACACCGAGGAGCUGGCCCAGUACGCGCAGCAGUUCCGAGCCAUGCUGGACUGAGGGACCGCUGCUCCGCGGGGCACCGCUCGCACACAGCUCCUGAGGGACCCGCUGCCGGCAGGUGAAGAUCCCCACGCUCAGAAUUCCCUCCAGGAAUUCCCUGGCUGCAGGUGAAGAUGCCCACGCUCAGAAUUCCCUCCAGGAAUUCCCUGGUAGCAGGUGAAGAUCCCCACGCUUAGAAUUCCCUCCAGGGACUCACUGGGUGCCAGUGCAGGUGAAGAUCCCCACACUCAGAAUUCCCUCCAGGGACUCACUGGCUGCAGGUGAAUAUUCCCACUCAGAACUCCCACCAGGAAUUCCCUGGGUGCCAGUGCAAGUGAAGAUCCCCACACUCAGAAUUCCCCCCAGGAACUCCCUGGAUGUCAGUGCAGGUGAAGAUCCCCAUGCUCAGAAUUCCCUCCAGGAAUUCCCUGGUAACAGAGAAGAUCCCCACAC